GCAGGCGCAGCGGGGACAGCGAUGGCGGCCGGGUUGUGCCGCGCCUUCGGGGCGCUGCUGCUGUCGGCCGCCCGGCCCCGCGCCCCCCCGCCGGGCCCCGUGCCCCAUGUGCCGGGGGCCGCGCUGGCGGCUGCGUGCCGAGCGCUGAGCGGCUCCGCGCCGUGCUACACCAGAGACCCCAUGUGGAAGUGCCGGGUCAAGUACACGGUGCGCCCCGUGGGCAUGAAGAAGACGGGCGGGCGCGACCACACAGGCCGCAUCCGCGUGCGGGGCAUCGGCGGGGGCCACAAGCGACGGUACCGAAUGAUCGACUUCCAGCGGCUGCGCUACGAGGAGGGCGCCCCGGCACAGCCCUUCAGCGAGAAGGUCAUCGCCGUCCGAUACGACCCAUGCAGGUCGGCAGACAUAGCCCUGGUGGCCGGCGGCAGUCGGAAGCGCUGGAUCAUCGCCACGGAGAACAUGCAGCCAGGGGACAUCAUCAAGAACUCCUCUCACAUCGGCAGGAUGGCAGUGUCAGCCAACGAAGGGGAUGCCUACCCGCUGGGGGCUCUGCCUGUCGGCACGCUGAUCUGCAACCUGGAGAGCCACCCUGGGAAGGGAGCGCAGUACAUCCGGGCAGCUGGGACUUGUGGGGUGCUGCUGAGGAAAGUGAAUGGGACCGCCAUCGUGCAGCUGCCUUCCAAGAGGCAAAUGCAGGUGCUGGAGACCUGCGUGGCCACAGUGGGCCGUGUGUCCAAUGUCGACCACAACAAGCGGGUGAUCGGGAAGGCAGGACGGAACCGCUGGCUGGGCAAGCGCCCGCACACAGGCUUGUGGCACCGCAAAAGUGGCUGGGCCGGGCGCAAGAUCAAACCUAUCCCACCCAUGAAGAGCUACGUCAACCUGCCGCGGAUCGCGGCACAGAAGUGAUGUCGGUGGCCAAUAAAACGUUCCCAACACCA